AUGGCUGGCCUUCAGGACAACAUUCUGAGGAUUGUUCUGGUGGGGAAAACCGGAAGUGGAAAAAGUGCAACAGGAAACAGCAUCCUUGGCAGAAAAGCAUUUAAAUCUAAAAUUGCUGCUCAUGCUGUUACCGAGAAAUGUGAGAAAGAAGAGCAACAAUGGAAAGGGAGGAAGCUUAUUGUUGUGGACACCCCAGGGCUCUUUGACACCAAGAAGUCACUAAUAACCACCUGUGAGGAAAUCAGCCAGUGUGUCCUCUUAUCCUGCCCUGGGCCUCAUGCUAUCAUCCUGGUUCUACAACUGGGCCGCUACACUGCAGAGGAGCAGAACACAGUUGCAUUGAUCAAGCUGCUCUUUGGGGAGCCAGCCAUGAAGCACAUGAUCAUCUUGUUCACUCGCAAAGAUGGUUUGGGUGAUACCACACUGCCUGAGUUUAUAGAAAAAUCAGAGGUAAACCUGCAAAGCCUCAUCAAGGAGUGUGGGGACCGCUACUGUGCCUUUAAUAACAAAAGCACAAAUGAGGCUGAGAAGGAAGCUCAACUGCAGGAGCUGGUGGAGCUGAUAGAGAAAAUGGUAAAGGAUAAUGGAGAGCCUCACUUUUCUGAUCCCAUCUACCAGAAUACAGAGCAAAAGUGGCAACAAGAGAUAGAGGCCUUGCAGAAAUCCUAUGAUGAUCAAUAUCAGAAUGAAAUUAAACAAUUGGAAAAGCAAUAUGCUAAGGGGGAAAUAUCAGUGGAAGAAAAGGAAGGGAGAAUAGUAAAGGCAUGCAAUCACUAUAAAGAAAAAACUAAAAAUACUGAGGAGGAAGCUGGAAGAAAUAUAUUUGAAGUUGUUGUUAAGUGGAUUUUGAAUAAACUUUCAAAAAUAUGGGAAAGGUUUCAAAAAUAA